AUGCAGGAUGUGCUUCGCUCUGUCAAAUCCGGGUAUCCAAACGUAACGAAGGCCUAUUCUCGGCAGGACAACGCUGGAUGCUAUCAUUCGUCCGCAACGAUCCUUGCGUGCCCUGUAGUUUCGAGUUCUACAGGAGUCCAGAUCAGACGCAUUGAUUUCAGUGAUCCACAAGGCGGUAAGGGAGCUGCAGAUCGCCUUGCGGCCACAUGUAAGGCUCACGUCCGCAUUUUCAUCAAUGAAGGCCAUGAUGUCACGAAUGCCACUCAAUUAAAAGACGCUCUUGACUCACAUGGAGGAAUUGAUGGCGUCCGCGUAGCGUGUUUGGAUGCAGUCACAACGGCAUCACCAAUCAGCGAACCAGCGAAGAUCCACCAUGUCAGUAAACUCAACAACUUUGAGUUUACAGAAGGUGGUAUCAAAGCAUGGAGGGCAUAUGACAUUGGCAGAGGAAAAGAAAUCAAAGCCGAUACCUCGACAACAGGUAACGCACAGUCUUGAAGUUUUUGUUUUUGUUGUUUGUAUUUGGGACCCUCGACUAUUUUAAAUUUUCAUUAAAAAAACUUAAGGAUAGCUAAGAAACCCCUACGUAACCGGGAAGAUCAACUCAAAAGCAAUAAGAGCAAUGGAAAAAAUAAUACCAAUAUAGCAAUACAUACAAAGCUCCUAAAACUGAAACACAAUAAAAUAAUAUCUAUCUCUACACUGAAUUUGUUCGUUUACCCAGUGUCGUUUUGACACUUAUAAAUUUCCCUAUUUACAGAAUCCGAAAACAGGUGGCUAGAAUCUACAUUUUCUCCGGGGAAAUUCAAGUCUUUCGGCCAUAAAGAGAAAAAGCAUGUUGACGACGACGAGUCUCCCAAAACAAGAGAGAGUUCCAGUGACGUACAGGAGAGUCAGACAAACCAUGGUUUAUACACUUGCCCCGAGAGUGGAUGUACAAGGGUUUUCCAAAGACAUUCGGCAUUAACGAAACAUCUGUCCUCUGAGAAAUGCAUACGGUCCUUGGAAAAACACACUCUUAUGGAUCUUGCUAAGCUUGGCUGUCAGCAGGUUUUAGAAGAGGGUGUCGGUGUCGUGCCAACCUUAAGAACCACCAGCGUUGCAAACAAACAAUCCGGAGAACGUUUAACAGAGGGAUGGGCGUUGCGACCAGCUAAGAAGGCGUACCGUUUUAGUGAAAAGCAGAAGGCCUACCUCACUGCUAAAUUCAACAUUGGUCAGUCCACUGGACGGGAAAGUCGACGCAAGUCUUGUAGCAUGUGA